AUGUCCACGGACAGCCCGAGCUGGCCUCUGAUUGGUUGUCGGGCUCUCGGCGGCACUUCAAAGAAACGAGGAAACUACAACUACUACAGCAGCAGACGGAGGGAGGACACACACACACACACACACACACACACACACACACGUCGACAGUCACCGCGAGCGCACACACUCGAUCACUCUCUCUCUUUCUCUCUCUCACACACACACCCGCACAUCAGCGCAGCGCAGACCAUGGCUGCCACACUGCUCCGGGAGGAGGCCCGGCUCGGCAGCACCCCGCUGGCCAUGCUGGCCGCCACCUGCAGCAGGAUCGGUGACUCCAGCCCCUCAUCGUGCUCCUCCGCUCUUACCGAUGGAGCCCAGGGCUUUCGCACGUGGAGGGGGGGCGCCCCGGGCGUCUGCCGCACCUCGCUCGGGGUUCCCCAUGGGACCCCCAGGAGUAACGGGACCGGACUGACGGAGACCUCCAGUGCUUUUUCGAUGACAACUGCCAACUCUCCUUUUGGAAACGAUUUCUCCAUGUACCAGGCCGCGGUGUCAUCAGAAAACAAUGUUUCCGAUCCCGCACACGCACAGCGGCCUGUGUUUCUGACCAAGUUCCCCUCCUCGGUGGAAGGCAUUGCUGGGAUAUAUCCGAGGAUGCACGCGCACCCGUAUGAGUCUUGGUUCAAGUCCGUGGGAGAGGUCAGUAACGGGUCUUCUUCUUGGUGGGACGUGGGCACCAGCUGGGUGGACGCACAGCCCCCUGCCGGGUUGCCCUCACCUCUGAGUGGCUACAGUACUGACUACAGCUCCGCCUUCAGCCCCGGUGCUCCUCAGCACCUGCUCCCCGCCACACAGCACCUGUUCGAUGGAUUCAGGCCUCCUGUGCCGCCUCCCUUCACGGAGUCGGCGACGGCGGGAGCGUCUGCGCGGGCAGGAACCCCCGUCGUGUCUCUCCCCGCAUCGUCCCGCUCCUCCUCGCGGCGCUACUCCGGCCGAGCCACGUGCGACUGCCCGAACUGCCAGGAGGCGGAGAGCCUGGGCCAGGGGGGCUCGAGCCCACGUCGGAGGGGCCUGCACAACUGUCACAUCCCGGGCUGUGGGAAAGUCUACGGCAAGACCUCUCACCUGAAGGCCCACCUGCGCUGGCACACCGGCGAGAGGCCGUUCGUCUGCAACUGGCUCUUCUGCGGCAAACGCUUCACGCGCUCCGACGAGCUCCAGCGGCACUUGCGCACGCACACCGGCGAGAAGCGCUUCGAGUGUUCCGUUUGCCACAAGCGGUUCAUGCGCUCCGACCACCUGAGCAAGCACGCGAGGACGCACGGCGCGGAGGGCUCGGAGGACGGCGGGGAAGCGGGACUCGGUAAAGGCAACAGCGACACGGACAACAGCCUCUCCGGCAGCCCGAGCCAGUCUCCCGGGCUGCACGUGCGCGACACCGCCCCAACCAGCGAGGCACGGCGAGCGGGAACAGUCCACACAGAUUGAUAUGAACGGAGCAACACGUGGACGUUGGAGGGAGAUUGCCUCAACGCUUACAAACUGAAAUGGCACUUUAUCAUGAACUCCAGCCGUGGAUGAACCGUGUCCUUAUACCUCAGACGUUUUUGUAGCCUUUUUUGAAUUUUGGUUUUACUCUACAGCUGAUCAAACGUAUGUUAUUUGAAGAUGUGUUGUGUGCGCCUUAUUUAUUCUACAGUCAUUUGCGUGUAGAAUUAAUCAAGUAGCCCGUGGUUCCAAUUCUCUGCCUUUAUCCCUAAUUCCAACUUUUAAGCCAUUGCCCAUAUAGGUUAUCUAAAAUAUAUUUCAUUGAAAUAAAUUGUAUCAGUCGA